UUAAAUAGACUCCAGAAGAUGGCAGAGGACAGGAAGGCCUGGAGGAACGUUGUCCAUUGGGUCACGAUGGGUCAGACAUGACUUCGCAACUAACAACAACAACAAGACAAUAAGACACUUUUCACUAGAACAGAUAGAUCUCUGUUUGAGAGGCUGCCAAGGCUGGGGAUUUGGAAGAACCACUAGGGGGCGCCUCAGGCCUACACUUCCUUGGAAUGCACCGGAAUGAAUGGGGGGGGGGGGAAUGGUUAUUUGGGAAAUGAUUGGGUUGCUUGCUUGCUUUUUAGGAGGAGUAUGCAAUGGGAGUGUGAAGGCAGGAUUGGAGGCGAAUGGAUCUCGAAGAUAACAAAAAUCGGAUCUUUAUCAUGUUUCCACGCCUACGAAAAGUCUAAAAUUCUUCCUUGCUUGAUCUGCUGCAGAGUAAAGGAGAUUCCCCAAUUGUGAGGGGCGGGGAAGCAACUUCCCUAAUAGCAUUUCUGAAAAUCAGGGGGCCAGAAAAAGCCCCAACCUCAGUCCACCACCCAUUCCCUGCCCCACUUGCUUCCCAAAACCGUCUCCCAAUGCUUGAUGCCAUUUCUCUGCGUUUCCCCCCAAAAGCCAGCUGCCAUUUACGCACCACCGCUACCUGGGGCCGUCUCUGUUUUCCCCCCAAACUCUUUGCCUGAACCAAGAGAAGACAGAAGGGAGGAGGAGGGGGGGGGGAGUCCCUGCGCAUCUUGUUGUCUCCGUCCCUUCGACGUCCAUCCUUCGCUCACGCUAUCUGGACCCAGCACUGAAACCUUGGAAGCCCUUCAGAUGACGCUGCUCUCAAGGGAACGGAUCUUUCGGAUUAACUAAAGAGUCACAACAUCUGUUCCUAGGACACAGGCGGCGUGCCAAAGGCUGCCGGAGCAAAACCAUCAAUCCACUUUGGCUAGCAGCACGCUCGUGGGGAGAGGCGGUCCAAGGCAGGGCUGAAAACCAUCAGCAAAGAUCCCCUUCCAGAUCCCAUGUAGAUGGUUUGGAUCUGCUGGGACAAGGCCACCUCCUGUCGCCCCAAGCCAUGUUUCGGGGUUGCAGAUGGCGUUGCAGCUGAGAGGCUGGAUCUGCCGCGCCCUCUCAGACCACCGUUGCUGGGAAGAAUAAAGAACAAUUCAAGAAUUCCAGUUUAGGACAGGAUGUCCUAUCUGAAGCCAGGGGGAAGCGAUCUUGAACGUUUCGAUGGACUUUCCCUCAUUUAUUGGACGUUAAUGGGACCGCACGGGAUGGAUCGUCACAUGCAUUGCUUUGACUUCUACGACUGCGCCAACGGCUUGGGUAUCAAAGUGAUUGGUGGAGUUAAAGAAUUCACGGGAGAAGAAUAUGGAGUUUAUGUUAAGAGAAUCCUACCAGGAGGAGUGGCUUACAUUGAUGGUCGGCUGCAGCCAGGAGAUCAGAUCUUAGAAGUGAAUGGAGACAGUCUGAUUGGUGUUACCAAUGAGAGAGCUGUGGAGAUCCUAAGGACAGCCUCUGGCACCAGCUAUAUGCGCCUUCUUGUUACCAGGGAUGACGACGCUCGCAAGGAAUUCUCUGACCUGCUGGAAAGAUUUGGAUCUCAUAGCAGCUCAGGAUCUGCACAGAGUUCACCUACUUCCCAUACUGGAAGCAGGUCUGUGGAAAGCACCUCUUCGGGGUCCUCAUCUUGUUCCCAGAGCCCUCUGUUGCUGAGCCCAAUCCAUUCCCAGGGGAUGCUGUUUGGAAAUCCGGGACAAACCCACCCCUCAGUCUCACACUGUUCCGUUGGAUCUGGGAUCCAAAGCGUCACCGUAAAAAAGUUUUCUGACUUGGGGCUAACCGUUGGUGGAGGAACCAACCGAUCAGAUGGACCGAUGGUUUAUGUCCAUGACAUUCAACAGGAAGGCGACUGCAGUAAGGAUGGGUGCCUGCAAGUUGGAGACCAGCUAAUUGCUAUCAAUAAAGACCCGUUGCUGGGUGCUACGUAUGAGGAGGCUAAAAGGAUAGUUGCAAAGAAUUUGUCCAGACAUGAAGGAAAUACAGAAGUGGCCUUCGUUCCAGGAAGGGGACAACUUCACCCAGGACACUGUGCAAACAACGGGGCCCACUCACUGUCCACAAGAGAGAACAGGUGGAAGGUCCAUGUGAGGUUCCCAGAGAGCAGACACAACAGCCACUUUCCUGUGCCUUCACCAUCUCCAGAUGUUUGCCCACCAGAGUGCAUCAUUUCUGCUCCUGAUUCUCCUUCAAGGCAAGGAUCCUCUUCAACCCCCAAGCCUAAGGUACCCCUGGACCCUCACGUCCGUCUCAAGGAUGGCAAACUGGAACUGAUGUUACAGUACUUAAACCUAGAUAUGAGUGAAGAGAAGAAAAGGCAGUUAUGGCAGAGACUGACAACCGACUCCCAGGGCACAGUGGCCUACGGAGAUUUCCUCCAAGUUCUCAAGGACUUGCUUCCAGAAGAAGACACGGAUCUCCAUUCAAAUUCUGCACUUUUCAGUCCGCAUGAAGUGGCUACCUUGCUGGACACAUCUGCUUUCCAUUCUCCGAUGUCAGAGUCUGUCAGUUCCAGUGAGAAUGAGAAGCUGGACAACCUACAGUUGGAAAUGGUGGUAUUGCAACAGGAGGUCCAGAGGUUGAAGUCUCUCCUGAAGGAGGUGGAAAGCAAUAAGAAGUCAAUGGAAGAUGAGCUUCAAAAAUUGAAUCAGAAGGCCUCAAGCUUCCUUCAAGAGAACCAAUGUCUGCAGAACAAGCUGCAAGCUGCUGAAGUCUUCCGGUGGCGAGCCCAGAGCGCGGAGCAGGAUUACGAAGAAGUCAUCCAUCUGCUGGAAGCUGAGAUCAUGGAGCUGAAAUCCCAGCUGACGGGGAAGAAGAACAAGGAGCUUUUGGAAGCAGAGAGUGAUGCCUUAGAACUGAAGAAGCACCUGUCCUUGGUGAACGAGCAGUUACACAAGUCAGAGGUUGCCCAGAAACACCUGGAAAUUUACAACAGAAAACUCCUAUUGUUUGUACAGCAUGCCCACAGAUUGCUGAGCGCACCUUGCUCAUUGCCCAAGAAGAGGAUUAGCAGCCAAGAGGAUGAGGACAAGACAAAAGAUGCCUCAGAAACAACGCUUCUCUCUUCAGAACUUGCCAGAUUGUUGAUCGCAGAAGGCAAUGAACUAUUGGAGAAUAACUCAUUGUCAAGUGCUACAAGAGAUGGCUCAAUUACGGAGGCAGAGGUGGAGUCACAGCAGGAAAGCAAAGCAGAUGAACGGGGGAAGCGAUUGGAGACCCCGAUUUGUCGGAUACAAGGAGUUAAGACUCUACUGCAAGAUUGGGACAACUGCAAAGCAGAUGAGAGAUCCCCCCCCCCAACUAUGAAUGCUGAGGAACACGGCACCAUUUCCUCCAGAAGUUAAACUUUGGGCCAUUUCUGGUCCACGGCAUUCCUUGGAACUGGAUCUUCUUUCACUUCUCUCUACUGCUUGUUCAUGGUCUGAAAGAACAAGAACAAUGGCAGCUAUUAUCUCUGGAAAGUCACUUCUGGAGGGCAGUUAAGAAUCCUAGAAGCCUAGAACUGGGGGGCAUUUUGAGAGCUUCUAGUCCAAUUCCUUCCAAAGGGCACACUUUCCUAGACAUAUAGCUGUCCAUUCUUGGUUGAAAACCUCCAUUGAUGGAGCUCCAGAACGUCAGGAGGCGAGCUGUUCUACAUACUUUCACUUUGGAUAGGUCUCUGUAAAGCUUUGUUUUUGGUUAUUUAUCUACGCCCUUGCUGGGGAGACUAACCAGAAGGUUGUCACUGAAGCCACUGUGACUUUUAACUGGGAUUUGGGGGGAGGAAUCAUAACAUUUUCACUUAGUUUUUGCACUGUAUGCAUGUAUUCAUGCUGUUUCCUGCACCUUUCUCGGCUCCCUUUAGAUCAGUGGUUCUCAACCUGUGGGUUGGGACCCCAUUUGGGGUCGAACAACCAUUUCACGGGGGUCGCCAAACAACGCAGUCCGCCAUUUUUUCCCCCUUUUCCUUAGCUGUGCUA